GUCACUAGACAUAAUGUUGAUGUCAAAUUAUACUUUUAGCCUUUAAAUUAACACCAACACGGCAGAAGAUGAAAAAAGGACCAUUUGUGGAAAGGUACCCUUAAAAAAGGACUACGGGGGUAAUAUUUGAUAAUAAAGGACUAAAUAUGGAAACCCCCAUGUUAUAAAGGACCAAUUAUGGAAUUUACUCUUUAUAUAUUAAGGAUUUGCAUGAAUCGAUCUUGAAUAAGGAGAUGCGAAGCGGUAAACAAGAAGGUACUAGGAAAUUGCUUAAUCGGAAAACUGUUGGAAUGAUUAGGCAAUUUAUUGAUGAUAAUGUGUUUCAGCAUGUUGCUAAUGAUACUAACGCUUAUGAACUAUGGGAGAAACUGAAAUGCAUGUAUGAGAGAGAAAAUGCCCUAAAUAAAGCCUCUAUUAUGAGAAGACUUGUGAAACUUGAUUACAGGGAUGAGCAUAGUGUGGUAGAGCAUUUGAAUGAUUUUCAGGGAUUGAUUAACCAAUUGUCUUCUAUGAAAUUGGUUUUAUACGAUGAAUUGCAGGCGUUGUUGCUCCUCAGCUCGUUGCCAGAAAGCUGGGAGACCUUGGUUGUAUCACUUAGCAAUUCUGCUCUAGAGGGUAAGCUCACAAUUGAUGUUGUGAAGUCGAGUCUGCUGAAUGAAGAAGCUAGGAGAAGAGAUCUGAGUUCCUCCAGCUAUUCUAAUCACGCUCAUGUUGCUGAGGCAGAGGGUGGUGGAAGACACAAACGUAGGGACUUUGAAUCCAGGGGGAGAUCUAAAUCUAGAAGCGAAGUGAAAUGCUUUUAUUGUGAUAAACCGGGUCAUAAGAUAUCUCUGUGCAGAAAGAUGAAGCGAGAUAAAGCCCAGCAGAAUGAGGAAAAGGGUCAGACUUCUGAGAAGAAAGAGGAGAAAGACACAGCAGCUCUUGCAGAUGCGGAUGAUUUAUUCUUCGUGUGUGAUGACACUAACUUUGAUGUUGCGUUUCAGGAUUGUACUUGGAUCAUUGAUUCGGGUUCCUCAUGUCAUCUCACACCUCAUCGGGAGUUCUUCUCAUCUUACACUAGCGGUGAUUUUGGCUAUGUCAAGAUGGGAAAGGAUGACAAAUCAUCUAAGAUUGUUGGGAUGGGCACUGUUUGUUUAAAGACUAACACUGGUUGCAGGUUAAUCCUCAGAGAUGUCAGACAUGUUCUAGAGUUUCGGUUCAACCUCAUUUCAGCUGGAGAACUUAAUGGAGAUGGUUAUGUAAGCCACUUUGGUGAAGGAAAGUGGAAGCUCACCAAAGGUUCUUUGAUCAUGGCCCGAGGUAAGAUAGAAAACAGGAUUUACGUGAUGCAAGCAAAGAUGUGCAGAGGAGAUCAGAACACUGCGCCCUCCGCUGAUUUAUCGCACAAGAGGCUUGAUCACAUGAUUGAGAGUUGUCAGAGUAUCCUCCCUGAAGGUGACAUUCCUUUUCCUACCAUUCAAUCAGAUCAUGGGGGAGAAGAUAGAGAGCGUUGUGGUGAUGAUGUUGAUCGUGAUGGUGAUGUACUUGAGCCACCUCAUAUUGAGCAUGGAGUUCCGCCACAGAGGGUUCCUCAAAUUGGUAAAUUUGAGAGAGUUUGCUACCGGGAAGAAGUGAUGAAGGUGCACCCAUGGUUUCAAGCCAAGCGAGAUGGAGUUAUAUCCUUGCUUGAUGGACGUGGUCAUUCCCUAGUAAAGUUGCAUGGAAGCAAGCGAGCACCCAAGAGCAAUCGGGUGUUCAAGUUGAAGAGAAGAGAGCGUUGCUCACAACCUACGGACUUGGCGCAGUUGGUUGUGAAAGGUUUGUAUGAUAUUUAUCAUCAUUGAGUUUUACCCCCCAUGUAGAAGUGAGGGGGAGAUUUGUUGGGGUAUCCGUCCUACAUGGAUGAAGGAGUUCCUAAACAAUACAUCUGAAAAGCCACAUAUGUGUAUCAAAGUGAUUUUUUUCACAAAACAUACAUAUUCACCCAAGUCAUUAACCAAUGCACAAUUAAAAUGACUAAAACUAU